GUUGCACAGUGAGCUGAGCUGGGAGGGAAGAUCACAGUCCAAGAGCCAAUAAAACACUCAUUGAGCCAGAGGCGCACUGCACACAGCUGAACUCUGCAAAGAGUCUGUGAGUGAGAGUGAGAGAGAGAUUUGUUAAGUAUCACAAUGAGGGAAAUAGUCCACAUCCAGGCUGGCCAGUGUGGAAACCAAAUUGGAACUAAGUUUUGGGAAGUGAUCAGUGAUGAACAUGGCAUCGACCCAACAGGAGGCUACGCUGGUGACUCAGCACUGCAGCUGGAGAGAAUCAAUGUCUACUAUAAUGAAUCAUCCUCACAGAAAUAUGUACCCAGAGCAGUCUUAGUGGACUUGGAGCCAGGAACCAUGGACAGUGUGAGAUCUGGUCCGUUUGGUCAACUGUUUCGACCUGAUAAUUUCAUCUUUGGACAAACAGGUGCAGGAAAUAACUGGGCCAAAGGACACUAUACAGAAGGAGCAGAGCUGGUAGAUUCAGUGCUUGAUGUUGUAAGAAAAGAAUGUGAACACUGUGAUUGCUUGCAAGGAUUUCAGCUCACUCAUUCCCUUGGAGGAGGAACAGGUUCUGGCAUGGGAACACUACUCAUCAGCAAAAUCCGAGAAGAAUAUCCUGAUAGGAUAAUGAAUACAUUUAGUGUCAUGCCCUCUCCAAAAGUCUCUGACACAGUGGUGGAGCCUUAUAAUGCUACACUCUCAGUCCACCAGCUGGUUGAAAACACAGAUGAAACCUACUGCAUUGAUAAUGAAGCUUUGUAUGAUAUUUGUUUCCGCACCCUGAAGCUCACCACCCCGACGUAUGGAGAUUUAAACCAUUUGGUGUCCGCUACAAUGAGUGGAGUAACUACAUCAUUGCGUUUUCCAGGCCAGCUAAAUGCUGACCUUCGAAAACUGGCAGUAAAUAUGGUGCCAUUCCCACGCCUUCACUUUUUCAUGCCAGGGUUUGCUCCUUUGACAGCCCGAGGCAGUCAGCAAUACCGAGCACUCACUGUUCCAGAGCUCACUCAACAGAUGUUCGAUGCCAAAAACAUGAUGGCAGCCUGUGACCCAAGACAUGGACGAUACUUAACAGUGGCAACAGUAUUCCGAGGUCCCAUGUCCAUGAAAGAGGUUGAUGAGCAGAUGCUGGCCAUCCAAAACAAGAACAGCAGCUACUUUGUGGAAUGGAUCCCAAAUAAUGUCAAAGUGGCAGUUUGUGACAUCCCACCCCGUGGCCUCAAGAUGGCCUCCACCUUCAUUGGCAACAGCACAGCUAUUCAAGAGCUCUUCAAAAGGAUCUCUGAGCAGUUCUCUGCCAUGUUCAGGAGAAAGGCUUUCCUCCAUUGGUUUACAGGAGAAGGGAUGGAUGAGAUGGAAUUUACAGAAGCAGAAAGCAACAUGAAUGACCUGGUUUCGGAGUACCAGCAGUACCAAGAAGCUACGGCAAAUGAUGGAGAGGAAACAUUUGAAGAUGAUGAGGAAGAGAUCAAUGAAUAAAAAAAUUCUGUCUUACACACACUAAUCUACAUCAACAUUCUCAAAUAUGGAUUUUUAAAAUUAGUCUUGUAUAUCCAUAUUUAAUCUCCAUCCUCCUUUCUUCAAAAAACAGAGAGAGAAAAAAAGUAGCUUGAUUCUCAGAGGUGAUGAGUUUCCUUCAGCUUCCAUUGACUUCAGUGGGAACUGAGGAAGAUCAGCACCUCUGAAAAUAAUGCCACUUUUAUAUAGGAGGCUAAUUUUAGGCAUCCAGUUUUAGAAUUUUGGCCUAAAAAUUUAAAUACAGAGAUCACUAGAUUUGUUUAAAUAAACAAAACUUGUCUUCUAUGAAAAGUUGUACAAGAGGUAGAAUGGGGAUGGAAAGUCAUUUGAAAAUAGGGCUGUCCUGUUUUCAUCAACUGUGAACAGUUGCUGCUAACAGCAAAAAUCUUAUGGGUCUUUGAAGUGUUAUUCUGUACUAAAUGUAUAGUACUUACUUGCCAGGAGCAGAAUCUAUCAUAAUAAAUAAAAAUUUCAUCAUAUUCUUCUCUUUUGUAUGGUAAAUGUUGACACUGAUAUUUGACUUCAGACAUUUAAUAGCAAAUCUAAAUACAAAUGACAAGUAUCCUCUUAAGAAGACUGUUUUCAGGAGUCAGUGCUAUAUUGACAUCAAGUGAACUGAGAACCAAAGGUCACUAGCAAUGUAUUCAGGAAUCCUUUACCAAUUUGUCCCAGAAUGAUCACACACAAUGUUUAUAUGAAAUUCAUGCACAGCACUGCAGAACUUGUGUAAGCUUAUCCAUCCUAUGAUUUGAAUAUAGAAAUAUUAAAGAUAGUAAAAGGGAAGCACGUGUACAAACUAACUCAUAUGCCUUACAUUCCAUAAAACUGAUUUAUUUCAAGUACUUGGAAGAGCUCCAGGGAAAGGCCAAAAGAAAAAAAAAAAUCAGAAAACCUAAACUCUAAAAGUUUCAGGAACCUCCUGUUUCUUUCCUUCCCUCUCCCAAAAUGCUGUUUGAGCCAAAGUACUACUCAGUACUUAAAGAACUUUAGAAAUACUCCAGAAAAAUGUAAUUUUGUCCCAACAUCCAUCACUUCUAAUAAGAUUACAAUAUUUAUUAAGUUGAUUUCAGGGAGUCCGACUUUAAAAAAAAUAAUUAGACAAAUAACUGUACUUAUGUUAUAAACUAAAAUUGUCUACUUAGUUUUAUCCAUAUUAAAUCUGUACUAAUUUAACUUUAAUAAAUUUAAAAUGCCCUAUACAACAUAGUGACUCCUUGGACUGAAGAAUUCAAGGCAAGGUACUAAGUGACUUAGUGCUGAGAAAGGUGGUGUGUCAGUGCGACCAGUCUGGCUUUGGGCUGCCUGUUGCCUUAGUUCCAGGGCCAAUCAGCUGCCCCCCACUCUCCACUACAUGUAAGCUGCUGAUCUGGAAGCCUCGCAGCCAUGCCUGAAUCUUUUUCAGGGCAGAGUUUUAUUUUUCAACAUAAAACUUAAGCAAAAUAUCAAAACAAAAAGCAGUUCCUCUACCCAUCAUGGGCAAUACUCCCAGAGGCUUUUCCUCUUGUCCCUCUCAGCCUGAAAGGACAUACCCUUCCCUUCAGUCUCCCACCUGCAGCUGAAUUCUCAACCAGUUAUAGGCAUCACCUGACCUCCUUCCCAGCUGGAUCUGAAAAAUUGAAGAGGACUGGCUAACUCCUAUCCCUUAAAGAUGCACGUGGCCCUGUUACAAGUGUAUACCCAGAUAUCCAUGGACAUUGGAUAGGUGUACUUUAAAAGGUCAAGAAAGUGCCAACUGUAGAGCUGGCUAUACUCUUUGAAAUGAUCAAUUAUGCAAAAGGAAAUUAACAUAUAGCAGGAGAUCACAAACUGAGUAUACUAGGUUGUAUAUUGGGGAAUAUGGUUUUAACACUAUAUUGAGUGUUAACUAAGAAUUACAUAAAAUUCUAAACAUGCUAAUGAGGACUUACCUAAUAUUACACAAACAAAGAGGGGACUCACAGACAAAUAAGUUCACUAACGUUGUGGCUGUGAUGGCUGUUAGGUUAAAGAAAAAGAGUGGACAAACUUCUUGUGCUCCACAGCCAGAGAGAGUAAGUGCAUGCUACUGUACUAACUUGUAUGAUCUACAGCUACUACUCUUUCUCCUAUGUAACUAAGGGUAUGUCUGCACUACGGGAUUAUAUCGA